UUUCUGCUUUACUCAUGCUUAUAAUUUUGAUUUUUGUUUGAAUAUUCCUGAUGUAUUAUUAUAUGUUGCAAGAGUUUGAAAAUUGAAGUUCAUGAUGGAUUUGAUAAGUUGCAUGGAUUAAAUUGUUAAAAAAAUGGAUAUUGGGGAUCUUAUGAUGCUUACUGAAUUUGGUGUAUAUGUUUGUUGRAGGUUUUUUUUAAUACAUUUCCAUGAUUCAUCUUCGUUGUUUUCUAUAUGAUGUAGCAAUUUAUUCUUUGCUGUUUGUAUGAUUCUGUUGUUAAUUCAUAUAAUGGCAUUGGGAUGAACUAAACAAAUGAAGAUUCAUCAAAAUUCAACCUACAGUGCUAAGUACUUAGUAGGAGGAAGUUGAUAAAACCAAUUGGUCUUGUUUGAGAAACAKAAAUCUAGGGUUUUACUUAGAAAAUAAUAUUUCUCCUGUAGACUUUAGGUCGUUGAGCAGUCCAGAGGUUUCUUUGAUGGAGGGUUUAGAGCAUCUCCAACAGGACGGAACUGCAAAAGCCGAUAAUUUAUGCUGAGCUGGCUUGUAAAUCAUUUMUAGUUACCUAUUAUAACCAUGGAGGCACAACCGGCUUUAUCCUUUCAAAGAUCAGGUGCAAGACAACUUAGUAACCAUGGAGCUCCUGGCGCUCGAUCAUCCCCUUUGCCGGUACGUCCCGUCACUUUGGAAGAGAAAUAUCCAAAGUUUCCGGAAUCUCAACAAAUGUCCAUGGGAAGGGAAUUUAUGCCACAAAAUUUCACUGCUCUUCCUUCAUUAUCCUCAACUAGCAGAGCCGUUGGUCACAUGUUUUCUUCGGCUUCUGGAAUGUCUUYGGAUCUUCAAUUUUCUUCUCAAGAAACGCAUUCAGAAAGGACGCCUUUUAUAUCUCAGUCCUCGGGAAUUCUUCAAUCUACGGCAUCGAGCCAGUAUAUGAAAGAAAACAACAAUAGUUCAUGGUGUACAGAUUCAUUGCCGGAUUUUCUUGAUUACCCUCAAAAUACCCCAAUCCCUUCUAGCAAUUUAGAACACAGCCAAAGUGCUACAUGUAUUAUGCCAUCCGAGGAUCUUGGUAAACAAAAUGAUUGGCAAGAUUGGGCUGACCAGCUAAUUACCGAUGAUGAUGCUAUGACCCCCGAUUGGAAUGAGAUUCUAAUUGAUACCGGUAUUGCUGAUCCAGAGCCAAAGAUGGCAUAUCAUGUYGGGGGAUCAUCGACAAACUCGAUGCAAGUACAACAACUAAUUGUUCCUCCAUCAUCYGAAGAAGCUUGCAAUACAAUGACCCCAUCACCUUGUGGGAAUGGCCCUCAAUCCAAACCACGAAUGCGUUGGACUCCAGAACUUCACGAAGCCUUUGUGGAGGCAGUCAACAAGCUUGGGGGAAGCGAAAGAGCUACCCCGAAGGGAGUAYUGAAGCAAAUGAAGGUUGAAGGCUUAACCAUCUACCAUGUAAAAAGUCACCUACAGAAAUAUCGGACGGCUAGAUAUAAACCGGAGCCAUCAGCAGAAGGACCUUCAGAGAGAAAAACUACCGUUGAAGAUUUCUCAUCGUUGGAGCUGAAAACGGGUUUGGAGAUCACCGAAGCAUUACGAUUACAGAUGGAAGUUCAGAAGAGACUACAUGAACAACUUGAGAUCCAAAGAAACUUACAGCUGAGAAUCGAAGAACAAGGCAGAUACCUCCAGAUGAUGUUCGAAAAGCAAUGCAAAUCAGGAAUCGAUAAACUCAAGCCCUCAUCRUCCACCAUGGACUUAACCAACGAAACCCCAAAUUCUCCUACAAGAACCGAACCGGCAUCCUCACAGGCUGACCCCAAUGGACCAGGACCCAACCCAGUGGUUCAUCGACCAUCAGAAGAUGACUCGUGUGGCUCUCAACCCUCAAAACGCGCAAAAGUCAAGGAGUAAAAUCGAUAUCGUCACAAUAUGGACAAAACACCCUGCUUGCUUUCUAUAUGGGCUGUAAGGUUUUAAGUUUUAUGGUGACAAAAAGACUCAAAUCUUGAAGUUUCUUUUGACAUUUUAAUUGGGUUUUUUAAUAUAGAUUUUGUUUUAAUAAGAAGCCUAAAUCAGCAGGUAACAAUUUCUGAUCCAGUUUGGWUUCAUUCUAGAAACAGAGAUAGGUGUCGGGUGGGUCGAGUUGGUYGGGUGGCUUCGGGUUGGGUUGGCCGAGUUGAUCGGGUUUUUGUGCAACCCUAGGUGUGUAGGUGUAUUUAAGAGGAGAUUUAUAUGCCAAAGCAGUUGGACUUGAUUCAGAGGGCAUUAUGAUGUACAAAUGUAUACUAUUUAUCAUGUACUCUUUUAUSAAAAAGCUAUGAAAUCAUGAACAAAGAUGAGUUCUGAGU